AGGGCGCUGGAAAUUGUGUAACAUAUGUGUAUCAUCAUUACGUAUUAUAGUCUUCUGUAUAUAUGAAUUCAGUUUGUUUACCAUGUGGACUAUUGACACGUGAUGAUUACUUCAUCGAGAGUUUAUUUAUUAUUUUUAUAUCAUUAAAAGGAAAUUCAUCAUAGCACAAACAAAAUGCCGAAAGUUCGUGCACAGAAACAAUCCCGUGUGCACAAAGAUGUUCAGAAGCAGGGUAUUAUGUUUAAUACGGAUAUUGGCCAACACAUAUUGAAAAAUCCACUAAUAAUUCAAAGUAUGGUUGAGAAAUCUGCUGUUAGACCAACAGAUGUUGUAUUAGAAAUUGGUCCUGGUACUGGUAACAUGACAAUGAAACUAUUGGAGAAAUCCAAAAAAGUUAUAGCAUGCGAAUUGGAUACAAGAAUGGUAGCUGAAUUACAGAAACGUGUACAAGGUACACCGUACCAAGCUAAACUACAAAUCCAAAUAGGGGAUGUUUUAAAGACAGAAUUACCAUUUUUUGAUUUGUGUGUUGCUAAUAUACCAUACAAAAUAUCAUCUCCUUUGGUGUUUAAGCUACUUUUGCAUAGACCAUUGUUCAGAUGUGCCGUCCUUAUGUUUCAAAGAGAAUUUGCUGAACGUUUAGUGGCAAAACCAGGAGACAAAUUAUAUUGUCGUUUAAGUAUAAAUACUCAGUUGUUGGCAAGGGUAGACAUGCUUAUGAAAGUAGGAAAGAAUAAUUUUAGGCCACCACCAAAAGUAGAAUCAAAUGUUGUUAGGAUAGAACCACGCAAUCCACCACCCCCUAUUAAUUAUCAAGAGUGGGAUGGUUUGACACGAAUUGCAUUUGUCAGAAAAAACAAAACUCUUUCUGCAGCAUUUAAACAGACUACAGUAUUAACAAUGCUGGAGAAAAAUUAUAAACUUCAUUGCAGUCUUAAUAAUAAGACAGCAGUAGAAGGAUUUAAUAUUAAGGAAAUGGUAAGCAUGAUUUUGCAAAAGGCAAAUGCCGAAAAUAAACGUGCUAGAACUAUGGACAUAGAUGAUUUUAUCAGCCUUUUACACGCAUUCAAUGCAGAGGGAGUGCAUUUUACAUAAUUCAAAAUUUGAAUCAUGUAAACAAAAAUGUAAAUUAUAUAUUAGCAAAACACAUACUGUAUUAAUAAAGAAAAAGAAAGAAUAAAUUUUUUU